AUGUCAGAUCGUGAUUUGGCACACCACUAUAAAGUCUUGAAACAGUUUUUGGAUAUUUCAGAUGACCAAACAAGUAGAUCCAGAGCACACUCUUCUCGAGCAGAGAGGGCAAGGGAAAAGUUAUUGAAGUUAUCAUAUACCCAAUUUAAAGAAUUGAGUACCGAUGUUUAUGAUGAAUUGAAGAGAAGAAUUGACGAAUCAAAGGGGGAGCCAGAUUACCUUUUACCUAAAAAUACUUUCCAUCCAAAAAGAAACCAGGCGAGACAAAAAUUGGCUAGUUUGCCUCAGAACAGAUUUAAAGAUUUGGUUAGUGAUAUCUCCUAUGAACUUGAACGUAGAGAUUUACAUAAAGAAAGAAAUGGAAGUACAACAAGCAGCAGUUUCCACCAACACACCAGACUGAAUUCUACUAAUUUGUUACAAAAACAGCUGCUGCAUCCACAACCACCAUAUCAUCCAGACUCAUACUAUCCUAAUGAAGAUCAUUACCACCACCAUCCAGUAAACAAUAAACUGAUCCUGCUGCUGCUGACUCACAGAGAUACUGUUGAGGAACAACCGAUUGAGGAAGAAGAGGAGGAACCAAAACAAUUACAAUUGCCUGGUCUUAUUCAUUCCGAAACCUCCCAUUCAUUACAGGCCACUAAAGUAGUACCUACCAAGGCCAAUCUUGAAUGGUCUAGUGAUGAAGAGGAAGAAGAACACGAACAAGUGCAGGAAGAAAGCCACCGAUAUUCUUUUGAAAAGAAUUCUCAAAGUUCAGAGCACCUUGAAAAACUGUUUGAAGCAGUGCCUCAAGAACAGCAUAAAGAGCAGACCGUGGAAGAACCAAAAGAAGUAGUUCCAGUUGAGGAGAAUGUCCAUAAAGUUGAUAGUGCUGAAUUACUUCAGCUUCAAUCUCGACUUGAAGAUAUCCAACAACAAUUAAGUCAAUCUCACAAAGAAAAAGAAGAGCUUCAAAACCAGCUUGAAUCAGUUCGAGGUGAUCAUGAUUAUUCAGUUACACAAAACAAAUCGCUUUCUGAAGAACUUGAAAAUAUAGGUCAAGAGAAACAAGCUUGGAGUAGUAAAAUUAGUGACUUGGAACAAGAACUAGAAAAAGUUAAAAGUGCAAACGCCUCACUUAGAUUAGAGAACCAAUCCAUUAAAAAUCAACCCCAUGGUAAUUCUAAUGGCUCAUCUUCACCACAAAAGAAAUCAAUUAAUCGGGAUAUCGACCUAUUCUUGGAAAAAUUAGAGAAUUUGGAUAUAAAUAAAGCAAAUUCACCUACUAGUUCUAUUUCCAGCGCUGCUACUAUUACACCGCUUGCUACCGAUUUAAGAAAUCAAGUUAAACUUUGGCAAAGAAGGUAUGAAGAACUUCGAUCGAGCAAUAUCGCCAAGGAAAUUAAGAAGUCAAGUAUAAAUAAACCAGAGUUGAAACCAUAUGUAUCGCCACAAGGGUUGAUUUCAAUCCGAUUAGUAAGUGAUGUUUAUGCCUUGAUUGAUUCAUUUUUCAUAUACAUCAAUCAGCCUAAUUUUGAUUCAGAUAUUUUAUUUGAAAAGAUAUCUAAGAUCUCCAUCGUGAUUAAUGAAAUUGCCAACCAAGGUGAAUGCAACCACUUGAACACUAAUGAACAUUCAAUGUUAUUAAGAGAAGCUGUCACCCAUGCUCUUACAGCCACUAGAUAUCAUGCUACCUAUAAAAACUUGUUACCUAAAUUUGUGGUUGAAAAAGCAAUUAAUGAGUUGGUAUUCUUGGUUUGUGAUUUGAUUGCCGUGUGUAAAUUGAAUGAAAAUUCUGCCAAUAUGAGAAUACUUGAACCGCAAUCUGGAGAAAAGGCCAAAACUCAUCAAAAGCAAUCACUGUUAAAUGAAGAUUUCGGAGUAAGACCUUUAAGGAUGGCAAAUAAGUUGAAGCAACUGAGAUCUCCAACCCACGAAACGGCCACAUUAGUAAGUGAUGCCUUACCAGUAGCUAACAAGAAUUCACAACCAUCACCUUUUGUUGAAGCUGAACAAACCAUGAAUGAAGCAGAAUCAUCCCCAUUUCUUGAAAAGAAGAAGUCUUUAUCUCCUGAGCGUAUUAGAUUACCUGAAAAGAAGGAGCCUGAACGAGCUCUGACUGAAGAAGAAUCGUCCCCAUUCCUUGAGAAGAAGAAAUCCUUAUCUCCUGAACGUGUUAGAUUACCUGAAAAGAAUACUACCCCAGAAAGACAAAUCAAGAAUGGCUCUUCAUCUUUGAAUUCUCCAUUACGUAGUGUCAACAAAUUAGCUUCCAAAUUCGAGAAUACAAAAACAACUCCUACUUCAUCACCUCAACAAUCCCUUCCUUAUUCCAAAGAUAGAUCAACUCCAUCUCCUAGCAAUGGUGUUCGUGAAUUAGCUCAAAGACUCACCACAAGUGCUGAAGGGGUAGAAAAGAACGAAACACCAAGUAGGACACCUAAGAAGAGUAUUCUUGAUAAAGUGAGACAAUUUGAAAUCAGUCCUCAAUUACAAAGAAGAACAGAAAGUCCACCAAGAGAAACAUCUGAAUCAAAUGGCUCCACUUCUUACACCGGCAAUGAUACAUCUAGAGAAGUAGUGAACAAUGAGCCUAUUGCGAAGAAAGCUGAAGAAGUCCCACGUUCUGUCAGCGGCGGUAGCAGGGGUCUUUUACAAUCUUUAAGAGCCCGUGUUAAUGAUGCUGAUAAAGUCUCGACUGACGGUGAAGGUGAUGCAGGCGCCAUAAAUAAAUCGGAUACAACCACCUCUGAUAACGAAUUGGAUAACACUUCAACCGCUGAAACUACCCCGAGUGAAGAAACUGAUGAACAUGAACUGCAUGAUGACGACUAUGAAAAGAGUCCUAAUGUCAGUACUGUUGUUCCAGAGAACAAAUCUCUCCCUGUUUCUCAAGAAACUUUACCAGCAUCAGAACCUGAAGAGGAAGAAGUCAAUGUCCCAGUUGCUGUUUCUAAACGAGAUGUCUCAUUCGGUGAACCAAGAGGCGAUUUCAAGGCCAAGGAAAUGGAAAAGAAACCUAGCAAAUCAGUCACCAUACAGGAACCAGAACAAGAUUCAGAAGAUGAAGAUGAAGAUGAUGCUGAAAUGGAAAAAGCAAGACAACGACAAGAAGCUCGUAAAUCAAUGGCUGCUGCCCAUUUCAACAUCGACUUGUUUGAUAUUGAUGAUCCUGAUAACACCUUGACUCAAGUGCUUCUCUAUUUAGAACAUCAAACUGUGGAAGUUAUAAACACAAUUCAAUCACUUCUUGUUGCCAUUAAAAAGCCUGAAGUUACCAGAGGAGAAUUGAGAAUAAAGUCAAGUGCUAUCACUAAGGUUAUCACCCAAAUGACUGAAGCUACUAGAACAUCUAUGAACCAAACUCGUAAUUAUGCUUUAAAGGAGCAUGGUAGUUGGGUCGUCCAGUCUCUUGAAGAUUGUACACAUAGAAUGCUAGUUUUAUGUAAGCCUAGGGAAGAUAAGUCUGAUUCUCAAUUUGGAGAUAAGAAUUUCAAACAAAGAUUGGCUGGUAUUUCAUUUGAUAUUGCUAAAUGUAUUAAGGAGUUAGUUAAGAGUGUGGAAGAAGCAAGUUUGAAAGAAGAUAUUGCCCAGCUUGAAACCAGAUUAAGUCAUAUUGAUGAUUUGAACUAG